AACUCCGUGUUAGCGCAGUGCACACAGCAACACUCUUCCAUUCACGCACUAACCACCACUCUCCCACUCGCAUUUCAAUCAUGUCCGGCCGGAACCGCGGCCCACCGCCGCAUCAUCCACCUCACGCCGGUUUAUCCCCGCCGGUCCACGACCCAAUGUUCGGGGCAAGAGGCGGAGGAGCUAUUCCCCCUCAUCAUCAUCAUCCUCAUCACCAUCACCAUCCAGCGUUUCUAGAAGAAUUGCGCGAGUCGCAGUUAGGGUUAGGCCCCCGUCCCCUCCCGCUCCACCCGGCGGCCGUCAUCGAAGAGCGCCUCGCCGCCCAGCACGGAGAGAUCCAGGGCCUCUUGGGCGACAACCAGUCGCUCGCUGCCACCCACGUCGCUCUGAAGCAGGAGCAGGAGGCUGCCCAGCACGAGCUGCAGCGGAUGGCGCACUUCAAUGAAUCCCUCCGGGCCGACACCGAGGGUCGAAUGAGGGAGCUGUGUGACAAGUCUGCUCAUCUGGAGGCCGAGCUUCGCGGCGCCGAGGCUGCCCGGGCUGAGCUCCUCCAGCUUCAUGCUGACAUCAAGGAGCUCACGGUGGUUCGGCAGGACUUGUCUGGUCAGGUGCAGGCCAUGACUCAUGACCUGGGCAGGAUGAACAACGAUUUGAAACAGGUGCCGGCUCUCAAAGCCGAUGUUGAGGCCAUGAGACAAGAGCUGCAACGUGCAAGAGCUGCCAUUGAAUAUGAGAAGAAAGGAUUUGCGGAAAACUAUGAACAUGGUCAAGUGAUGGAGAAGAAAUUGAUUUCAAUGGCUCGGGAGAUGGAGAAGCUCCGCGCAGAGAUUUCGAAUGCAGAGAAGAGAGCACGCGCUGCUGCUGCAGCUGGGAAUCCAGGUCCUGGGUAUAAUGCAAAUUAUGGGAAUGCUGAGACUGGAUAUGCUGGAAAUCCUUACCCUGCCUAUUAUGGAAUGAAUCCAGUACAGCCUGGUGCAGAGAAUUUUCCUCAGUAUGGACCUGGACCUGGACCUGGACCUGGUGCUUGGGGUGCAUAUGACAUGCAGCGAGCUCAAGGACACAGAUAGAUCCGUCUAUUCUGUUAUCUUAUAACUGGUGUCUUGGGCUACAACUUAGAUUGGUACUGAGUUUUAAAGAAUUUUGUACAUCAUGGGAAAUUGUCUAUUAGAUGCUCCUUGAAGUUGUACUUUAUUAAAAGGUUCAUAGUAGAUUGAUGAUUCAAUGGAUGAUAUUUGUAUAUGGUGUCAAUUAAUGGAUAUUUUGCUGUAUAAUAACUUUUCUUGA